AGGUGACUCCCGGUCUAUCCUGCACUUUCACCCUAUUCAAGGGUGCAAGUUUGACCAACGUCAACAUCAAUCCAUCUGCGGUCUACUAUAACGACGAUGUUACCUUGGAAGAUUGUUUCAAGGAAUGCCACGAGAAACCAGACUGCAAGGCCUUCCUUUUCUAUGGAGAGGACAACGGUUGCGAGGUUCUCGUUCCUGGAGAGGACGGGUAUCACAAAACACUGAGUAUAAAAUCUACACGUUCGAUCGAAACGUGUCCAUCGCGACUUGUCCAACGGUGA